AUACCGAACAAGUUUCAGACCUCGGUACACAGUUGCGUAUAAGACAGUAACAGAGCUGGAAUGGAGAUGUUGUCCCGGGUACAAAGGGGAGGACUGCAAAGAAGGCCCAGCAGAACAGCCAAACACUGCUCGUCGUCCCACAACACCAGCAAAAGCUGUUAUGAAGAAAGGCUUGGAUGCAGAACCAACAGAAGUGCCAGAACCUCCACCAUAUGAGAAGAAAAUGCAGUUUCUUGAGGAUGAACUUUUUAGGCUUACACGAUCAGUGCUUGAACUUCAGUCCUCUGUGGCAGGCGUGAAUGAAAAUCUAAAGUUGACUGUCCAAGAAGAUGCUAGUAAGAUGUUGGUUACUUGGCUGAACAACCUUUAUGACCGCCCAGAGCCCGAUAGUGCGGUUGGUGGUGAAACAGACACUAUUCAUCUGCCUGGACUCCUCAACAAUAAAGAUCAGAAAGACCCUUUUAUUGAUUUCGAAAUGGAAGAUCUAAAGUCUGAGCUAGCUGACGUCAAAGAAGCCUUGAAGAUGAGGAAUGACAAGCUGGAGGAACUGAAUGGAAAAGUAAAAGACUAUGAAGGGCAAUUAAAGCAACUGCAGGAGGCAGCACAAGGACCUACAAUAACAAUGCCCAGUGACAACAUAUAUCGGGAGUAUAUAGAUUCAAAAUUUGAGUCCCUCAGACAGGAAAUACUGGAAGGAUUUGAAAAGAAAAUGGCAGAUCUGAAGAACUCCUGUGAAUACAAAUUACAGGAUAUCCAGCAGCAGUGUGACGACAAUGACAGUAACUGUGUAGGAAUAAUUGAUGUUAUAAAAGGAAAAGAGAAUGACUUGAGGAAAGAAAUAAAUACUCUCCGAACUCAGAUUCCAUCAAACAAGUCCAAUUGUUGCAAGGAGGGUGAGAGCAAUGACUUUGACCAACAAAUAAAGGAUUUAGAUAAGAAGAUUGAGAGAGUUGCGGAAGCACACAGGAUCUUGAACGUCCGAAUAGAUAAUGAGAUCAGUCGAUUGUCAACUCCAGAUCUAGAAGACAUGUUUGGUGAGAGAUUGGAGGAGCUAUAUGCAAGGAUGAAUGUUACAGAACGAAAUGCUGAAGAACAUUGCUUUUACGUUGAGGAAACUCUCCGUGGUGCUAUAGCUGCUGAGGUAGAUGAAUUGAGAGACUUGUUUGACCAAAAGCUGCGGGCAUUAGAAGAUAGGCUAGGUGGCACUAUAUUAGAGAUUGCUAAUACCACAGACCCAGAUGGAAUGUUUAUUAAUCCUGGGCCCAUCUUGCCCAGUGAUGCAGGAUUUGCAAAUAAACAAUUUACAGAGGAGAUAAAUUUCCUGAAGAACAAACUGCUGUCACUUGAACACCUCUGUGGGCAGAAAUGUCAGUCUGCACCGCAGGGUACAGAGGACAUUCAGAAAGAGCUAGAAAACUGUAGCAACAAAUACAGUCACUUGCUUUUGAAAACAGAGAAUAACUCUUUUCUCCUGCAGUCUCUAAAUAGCUCUCUUAAUGAGAAACUCAACUUAAUUAAGGGUAACCAACGUGACAUCCAGAAAAUGCAGAGAGAUGUACGUGUAUUCCGGUAUAGUCUAAGUGUCAUGGAUAAAGAUAUGAAAAAUCUUCAGGAUGGCUUGAGUAGCUGCAAGGAGCAGCUUCUGGGUGUCAAUUCUACCUGUAGAAAAACACAACGAGGUGUCUUCCGGAAAAUCGAUCAAAUGCAGAGGACAUUUGCAAAUCAAACUGCUCAUUCCAGUGAUAACUGCUGUGGUGAAGUGAAAGAGAGACUAGAACAGCUGAAUGACCAUAUCCUGAAUGAUCUUAGCAAGUGCAAAGAGAAGACCCAAGGUAUCCAGGAGGGUGUUUCGGAUGUUGAGAGCAGAGUCUCGCAUGUUGAACAGGUUUGUGGCAAGCUGGACUUUGUCUCAGGUAGCUUGCAGAAGAUAAAAGAAGGUCUGAAUAAGCACGUGAGCAGCUUAUGGAACUGCAUCCGUGAUAUGAAUGGAACUAUAGUGUCUCAUUCCACUGAUAUUUCUGGCCUCAAAAAUUCUGUCCAGCACUUCCACAGACAGGUUUCCAAAAUUACCACGGACAUUGAAGGCAUGCUGAAAUCUCAGCCUGAUCCAAGGCGAACAGAAGUACCACAGCAGCCAUUGCCACCAAGACCACCCCUGCAGCCCCAGCCUGGCAUAUCCUUGCUUCCAUCAAGGCCGAGGAUACAAAUACAACCCCCGCGACAGAGGACCCCCCUCCUGCCACCGCAGCCAAGACCUCCUCCACGCCCAGCACUGCCAGGGUCAGGAGUUGUGCCAUUUCUGCCUGGAACAACGGGGAUCAUCCUGGAGACUGGAGAGGCAGGGCCUCCUGGCACUGUUCUAAUGUCAGGAAGAGGGCGGCUUAGAAGUGUGGAUGGUCAGGCUGGUCAAAGUACUGUGCCCAUUGCUGAAGGGUAUGCUGGAGCACCAGGAUAUCCAAAGUUAUCUCCUCCUCCCACGGACUCACAAGGACCUGCUGCUGCUGCGGCCUCUCUGGUGUCAUUUUCUGCUGGGCUCACGCAGAAGCCUUUCUCCAGUGAUGUCGGCGUGGUUCACUUUAACAAAGUGCUUGUGAAUGAUGGGGACUAUUACAACCCUAAUACAGGCAUUUUCACAUCACCAUAUGAAGGACGCUACCUGAUCACCGCCGUGCUGGCCCCGGAGAGGGAUGAGUAUGUAGAAGCAGUAUUGUCUGUCUCCAAUGCAAGUGUAGCUCAGCUCCACACGGCUGGGUACAGAAGGGAACUGCUGGAGUAUCACAAACCCUACUCGGGGAAACAGACCUGUGGUGGUCCUGGGACGUUCCACCUUGUUCUUCACCUCAAAGCAGGAGAUGAAGUAAACGUUGUCGUAACGGGAGGCAAACUGGCCUACACAGACUCUGAUGAAAUGUACUCCACGUUUAGUGGAGUUCUCCUUUAUCCUUCUAUUUCUCAUGUUUAGGUUUACCUUGAACAGGAGAGAAGGGUAAGAUAUUCAGAAGAAAUUAAGUGUAAAAAAAUUCAAAGCUUUAAUAUAUUCAGUUUA